GAAUGAGUUAACAGCACGACCAUGACUUGCAAAACAUCUCUCAAAAUUCUGGGGUUGGACACAUAAAAGAAAGUCGCAGAGAAAAACUGAGGAGAAAAUAUGUCCAUUGAAUGUCUGGAAGAUAAAAGCAAGAUGCGUUUGCCUGUGUCUUUCUAUCUGCUGAGCGUGUGGCUUGGGUUUUUGUGUGUGAUAUUCGUGUUUCUGUGGAGUGGAACCUGGAGAGGAGGGUUUGCUUGGGAUGGUUCAUUUCUGCAGUUUAACUGGCACCCGGUCCUCAUGGUGACGAGUCUUGUGGUGUUAUAUGGAAAUGCCGUUGUCCUGUACCGUGUUCCUCUCACCUGGAGCAGGUGGUGGUGUAAGUUGGCCCAUGCAGGGCUGUUGUUCAUGGCAGUGGUGUUGGCUGUGCUAGGCUUGUGCGCUGCCUUUGAUUUUCACAGUGCCAACAACAUCCCUCAUCUGUAUUCAUUACACAGCUGGACUGGGAUCUCCACAGUGGCUCUAUUCACUUUGCAGUGGUUUGUGGGUCUUUGCGCUUUCUUGUUGCCCUGGACCCCUUUGGCUUUUAGAGCCCGCCUGAAACCGCUCCACAUCUGGAUGGGCAUGGCCAUCUUCAUCCUGAGUCUCAUCACCAGCCUGUCUGGGAUCAAUGAGAAGCUACUACUGACGCUAAACGGGAGAAAUGGGAGCAAUACAGAACCAUACACGGCGCUGCCUGCUGAAGCUCUGUUUGCAAACUCAUUAGGUGUUUUGGUUGUUAUUUUUGGAUUGGUAGUGCUGAAAAUACUGUCCAAUCCGAAAUGGAAGAAUCCAGAGUUUGAGAAUGAAACUGACAGGCCUUUGCUGACAGAUGCCAGAUGACGACUGGAGUAAACAAGAUAAAAGAAGAAACAAACUUUGGUCACAAUUAUACAAAUCACGUUUUGAUUACUCUGUGGCAGCUGAUUGGUUUUAUGUCUUGUUCAUACUCAUCCAAAACAUCUGAAUGCCAAUUGAUUGACAUGUAUCCUUAUCAAUGUUAGAGGCAGACCUCUUGUGGUUAGCAAAGAAAU